AUGGCCCAUGAUGAAUUUGAGACAAUCAAUUUAAAAUCCAGUGAAUGCUAUAUAUGUCAUGGCUAUGGAGACGAUCACGAUCUAAUCACUUGUCCAAUUUGUAGCAAAUUGGACAAUCAGUUAGGUUACUAUCAUUCGUCUACUGUGGUUGGACACUCCCGGUGUUUCGAGAAAUGGCAUGCAAUUGCAAAGCAAACUUCGGCUUCAUUAACAUCAGUCGACGAUAAAAAUAUAGACAAUCUUGCUAACCGUCAAGUUGAUAGUAAUAGUUAUUAUAGCUUAACUUCUAUACGUGACAAAUUAAAAUCAAUGCUAACAUUAGGUAAAGAAACUGAAAUUGGCGGUUAUACUCAAUGUCCACAACGUACCCAAUCAGAAAGUGACCAACUUACUUCAUCACAAAGUAACUUGUUAUCAACUGGAGCAAAUUGUAGUGAUGACAAUAUUGUCGGUAGUAGUUUUAGGCCUGACAAAUGCGGUAGCCCAUCUGCAACUGGUAAAAUUAGUCGCGAUACUAGCUUAGACGGUAGCAAUGUCGAUUUAUCUGAUCUUGGACCAUUCAAAUAUAAUAUUAAUAUCAAGAAAGAUUACGGCAGUUUUAGUCGCUGUCAGUGUAAGUCAAAUGUUAUAAAAAUGAAUAAAUUGAUCAUAAUUUUUCGAUAG